UCCCCAAAUAUCCUUUCCACCCAGGGGAUGUAAAACGAACGCAGCCAGGCAUACGGUUUGUGACGUGGAUGGUGCCAGAAUGCUGUGUUUUGAAAUUAUACACGCACAGUAGUUUUGACAUCUCAAAAUUGGCUAGAUUGUCGUUAACAAUCUGCAAUUAUAUGGAGAUGGUAAGAUUGAUACAUACCAUUGUUAACAUUGCAAUUGUGAAUAAUUGACCGUAGUAUUAGCUAGUAAACUCAUUAAACGCGCAGUUUAUUCAACACGAUGGUGAUCAUACGUAGCAUUUCGGAAGCACACCAAUCAACACUUCAGUCUUCACAACCAGACGCCGACGUUCCAUCCCAGCAGACUUCAUGGAGAAAGUCCGCACGCUUGACUAACGGAUAUGUUGGUCAGAAUGAUCGGCAUAUUAUCCUCUUGGAAGAGCUAAAUGGACAAACACUGGAGAAUGGGAGACCUGUCAGGAAGAUAACAAGGAAAUCACCCAGGUUUCAGGUCAAUGGGGCCUGUGAGGAUGACCAAACUGAGGGAUCUCCUAGACCAGAAGGACCCCAGGGGGUUGUGCGACGCAGUACCAGAACCACCAGAUACCAACAGUCCAUGAUUUACUGCCUCAUCCCUAACACUGCUGAGGCAGUCCUCCACAAGAUUGAUGACAUGAAUAAGAUGCGCUGCCACUUGAAAAACUCAGAACAAACAAGGAUCUCUUCUAAAGCCCAGCGGAAGAAGACCACGGAUUGUCCAACUGUAAAAGCAGUUUCCAAACAAGAAACGGAAGAGUACUCUGGUGACGAUGGUGAGGAGGAUGACGAUGAUGAGGACCACGGAGAUGAGGAGCACGAUGAAGACGACAAUAACAGCAAGCGCUAUGAACCUCGACAGAAAAAAGCAGUGCUUCGCUACCAGGCCCCUCUGGAUGAAUCCAGGAAGCAGCCGCCCAUGUUUUUCGACCGCCAGGCAUCUUCCACUAGAGAGAGCUACCGCAUCAGUGCCUCAAUGCCCAGGAGUGUCCACACCACCAGCCGAAGGAGUGGCAAGGAUUGGGUCCAUAGGCAGGAGAAAGCAUGCUUGGCGCACACCUACAAAGCCAGCUCCUCUGAUGAGGAAGACUCCUCUGAUGAGGAAGACACAGAGCAAGAAGCCAAGAACAGGUGUCUGCCGCUGAAUUUGCGCAAAGAGGACAUUUGGGGAAUCCAUAAGGACAGAAUGAAGAUGGGUGUGAGUCUUGCGGAUGUCGACCCCAUGGCGAUUGACCAGUCGGUGUGCUUUGACACUGUUGGCGGUCUGACAAGCCACAUUUCUGCCCUGAAGGAGAUGGUAGUCUUCCCUCUGCUCUACCCAGAGGUGUUUGAGAAGUUCAGGAUCCAGCCCCCAAGGGGCUGCCUGUUCUACGGUCCCCCUGGUACGGGGAAGACUCUGGUGGCCAGAGCGCUGGCCAACGAGUGCAGCCAGGGGGAGAGGAAGGUGGCCUUCUUCAUGAGGAAGGGGGCCGACUGCUUGAGCAAGUGGGUGGGAGAGUCGGAACGCCAGCUCAGGCUGCUCUUUGACCAGGCCUACCAGAUGCGGCCAGCCAUUAUCUUCUUUGACGAAAUCGAUGGGUUGGCUCCGGUUCGCUCCAGUCGUCAAGACCAGAUCCACAGUUCCAUCGUGUCCACCCUGCUGGCACUAAUGGAUGGCCUGGAUAGCCGAGGAGAGGUGGUGGUGAUCGGCGCCACCAACCGACUGGACUCCAUCGACCCCGCCCUCAGACGCCCCGGACGCUUCGACAGGGAGUUCCUCUUUGGCCUCCCUGAUCGCGAGUCCCGGGAAGAUAUCCUAAAGAUUCACACCAGACAGUGGAAUCCUACACCGUCCGAUCCUUUCCUGGAAGAGUUGGCUGAUAAAUGUGUCGGCUACUGCGGCGCCGACAUCAAGGCGGUGUGUGCCGAGGCGGCCCUGUGCGCGCUGCGCAGGCGCUACCCCCAGAUCUACGGCACGUCCCAGAAGCUCCUGCUGGACGUGGGCUCCAUCAACAUCAACAGCCGGGACUUUGUGGCCGCCAUGAGGAAGAUGGUGCCAGCCUCCCAGAGGGCUGUGUUGUCCCCUGCCAAGGCCCUGACCCCUGUGGUUACGCCCCUGCUGGGCCCCGCCCUCACCAACGUACUGGACGCAGUGCAGAAGCUCUUCCCCCACGCCGAACAGGGCCUCAAGAGGAAGAGGGAUGCAGAUCUGACAGACAGCAUUCUGGAGGAUGAAAUCAUGUACAGUGGGGACGAGGGCCCCUCGUCCAAUAAUUCCAUCACCAAACACACCACCACCAAAGGGAGCUUCCUCCAUUUUGCCAGGAGUGCGAUCUGCCACCCCACCACCUACCGGCCCAGGCUGCUGCUGGCUGGGCGUCCCCGGGCGGGUCAGAGCUCCCACCUGGCCCCCGCCGUGCUCCAUGCCCUGGAGAAGUUCCCAGUCUACACCCUGGACAUGGCUGUGCUGUUUGGAGUCAGCUGUACCUCACCUGAGGAGGCCUGUGCACAGGUGUUCUGCGAGGCCAAGCGGACUUCCCCCAGCAUAAUGUACAUCCCCCACAUCCAGCAGUGGUGGGACACGGUGGGCUCGGCCCUCAAGGCCACCUUCCUCAGCCUGCUGCAGGACAUCCCCUCCUUCUCCCCCAUCAUGCUGCUGGCCACCAGCAACGUGGCUCACCGCGACCUGGCCGUCGAGAUCCAGACUCUGUUCCGGAUGGAGUACGGAGAGGUGCACUCUAUCCAAAUUCCCACCCAGCAGGAGAGAAGGAAGUUCUUUGAGAAUCUCAUCCUUAGCCAGACUGCCAAGGCACCCGCGUCCAAGAAGAAAGCCUUGAUGCAUGCCAUGGAGGUGCUCCCCCUUGCCCCCCCUCCUCUCCCCAGGCAGAUGAGUGAGAGGGAGCGUCUGCGUCUGGAGGAGCAGGAGGAGGACACACUCAGGGAGCUGAGGCUGUUCCUGCGCAACGUCACCGAGCGCCUCUCCCAGGACAAACGCUUCAAGGCCUUCACUAAACCUGUGGACAUCGAAGAGGUUCCUGACUAUAUUAAGGUGAUCAGGCAUCCCAUGGACCUCUCCACUGUACUGUCCAAGGUCGACCUCCACAAGUACGUGACCGUCAGGGAGUUUGUCAACGACGUGGACCUGAUCUGGAAGAACGCCCUGGAGUACAACCCUGACAGCGACCCAUCUGAUCGUCAGAUUCGUCACCGGGCUUGUGCCCUGAAGGACACGACCCACGCCAUCAUCCGCGACGAACUAGACGAGGACUUCAACAGAACCUGUGAGCAGAUCAGAGAGUCGCGCAACAAGAGAGGGUGCACGUCCUCAAAGUUUGUCCCCUCCUACUACCAGACUUUGCCCAGAGAGGAAGGAUUUGCCGAGUCCAAGAGGCUAGGCGGUAACACUGGCAAAGACGCCAGCACCCCGUUCGCUGCCAACACACCACGGCCCGCACCCUGUCCUCUAGCCCGUAAAAAGAAACCGCCCAAAACACGACGCGAAAGCAAAUGGCUCUUCGGCAUCAUAAAGAAGAAGAAAAAAGAAACCUACUUCUUUCUUCGAACAAGGAGAUCACAAACUCAGGGGCUGAAGAAGCGGAUGUGAGUGAUGGCAUAGAGGAACAAGCUAAGGCUUUGGAGACUAUUCUAGAGAACGGCUGUGGAGACUCCCCUAUGGAGUGUACCUCAGAGAAGACCACUAAGCCUGCUGAGGAUGUGGAAGAGGCCUGUGUUGCAGAGCAGCCCACCACCACUCCCAUCCCCAAUGGAGACUGGCAACAGCGAGCUCCAGGCCCCACAGACGACUCACACCAGCCAGGCCUCACACAGGUCCAAUCUGGGAUCCAAGCCAGUCCAGUGGUGGCAGUCAAUGGAGUUAACCACCAGCCUUCCAGCCCUCCAGUGGAACAUGGCCCAAGUCCAGUCAACAACACCCCUACAAGGGAGGUAGAUCAGGGGGAGAAACACACCACAAAGACCAAAGAGCCUGUAAGGUUGGAGGAUGACUGGGACAUAGGUCUGUAUUAGGGUCCCAGACCCGGGCAGCAAGCAAGCUACAUCUUCUGGCCUCAGGGAACAGCUCAUUCAGUUUCACUGACCUUUGGCCUCUUGGGCUCCAGCUGUUGGGGAGCUCUAACUCAACACAGCACAUCAGUUAAAGGGAUACAUCCAUCGCUGCACUGAUUUAAAUACUCUGUAAGA